AACCCGGAACCCAGGCUCCUGAGAUGGCUGAGAUGGAGGGGAGCCCACGGAGGGAUCCCUCGUAAGCACCGGAGGGGUCAGCGCGCGACAGCCCUCUUUCGCAACUUGAUUACCCCCCUCGUAAGGGAUGACGAGAAUGCCUAGCGCCUCCCAUGAUCGAAAUCCCUUAGGAUGGGGCAGCCGGGGGGAGGGGGAGAGGAGAUCUAGAGAGAGACGAAUCGCAUCCCUAUUCCCCAAUUGAGAUGGCCAUACUCACCCACAUGUGAUUUCGGGUCCCGUCCGACUUCUCCGCGCUCUGGCCACCCUUUCUUCCGUCCUGGUCGGUUUGGUCGUGUGGCACCGGUGAUGUAACGAAUGCCACAGCCGUGUCUCUCGGCCCAAGACAGCGAGGGCCUCCAAGUCUGCAAUGAGACACGCGGGGAGAGACACGGGCUCAGCAGGACCCCUGUCGCUCUUCCUCGAGCGCUGGCCACACCACCACGUCCAGGUCUCCAGGGGCCAUCUAGCCUGUGCUUACGCAGGAGAGGGCUGCGUCUUGUGAACGACGGAGGAGGAGGGCCUAUGCAACGCCGGUCGGCAUCUGUUAGACGUCCCUGCCUACGCUAUUGCGAUGCUGUUGUUUUGCCUGGCAACGUUGCGUGCUGUUCUGGACCGCUUGUAGCGCACCAACCACAAGGGACCUUGAAGAAGAAACGACUAGAGAGGCAGGCUACGCAGCAGAGUUGGUACACGCAUGAAGAAAGACUGGAGAGAGAGAGGGGCGGGCUUCGAGAGCACGCAAGAUUAGCGCCGGCCAGUCGUCCUACGGAGUCGGCAGCGGCCUGUGCACCUAGGAGGCCCGGUUCCCUGUCGAAAGGGACGGCGGGACGGCAUCUGGUCGGAUGUGAGGCCGGAAGGGGGCAACUAGGUACUACGGAGAAAAAAAAGAAAACAGCAUUCAGCAGGAGUCAUUCUAGCCUCAUCUAGUCCGGCCCAGGUUCGUAAGCAAUGCUCGCCCAUGCGGGUCAAGGCCAGCAUUCCUGCCGUAUCUCCUGCUUGGUCUGCUCCC